GUUUAGUAGUAGAAGAGGAGAGAGCCUAUUGUUUGUAAACGUGCCGUUUGACUUAUCUAUCAACAGGUUUAAAUGUAUUAAUUACUUAGUAUCAAAUGACAAAUUGACACGUCAAACUUAUCAAGAAAACGUACGCCACGUCAACUCACUCACUCGCUACGUUGAGCGCGUGUUUAUCACUCCCCAACCUGAUCGGAAACGUCUUACCAAAGAUCAGUUCUCAGGUCAAUUAAUCUCUCUCUCACCAACGACGACGAAACCUCUUCUCUUCUCUCUCACUAUGGAUCUUCAGCCGGAGAACGAUCACGUCCCAUCUCCACCGUUAAUCUCCGACCGAGUUCUAAUAAACGGCGUCGUCACGCCGUUAACUCUAACCGCCGACGGAGAGCUACACUGGACGGAAUCCUGUCGGCGGAAAUCGACGACGGAGAAAGAGAUCCUGAGCUUCGUCGUGGAAGGCAACAAGGUUAGAGUGAAGACGUUGGUGGAGAGAAGAGGAUCAAUCUGCUGUGGAGGAAGUGGUGGAGAUUACGCGAGGAAGGAUUUCGUGUUCGAGCCGCUCUAUGAUGAAUCUAGAAAGCUUUGGUGCGAUGAGCUUCGUCAACAGCUUCAAUCUCUCGGUCGGCCAAGGAGGUUACUUGUGUUUGUGAAUCCUUUUGGUGGGAAGAAGACGGCUAGGAAGAUAUUUUUGGAGGAAGUGAAGCCGUUGUUUGAUGAUGCUGAUGUUCAACUUGACAUUCUAGAAACUAAGUAUCAGUUGCAUGCAAAGGAGAUGGUUAAGUCCAUGGAUUUGUCAAAAUACGACGGUAUUGUUUGCGUUAGCGGAGACGGUGUCCUUGUAGAGGUUGUAAAUGGACUGCUCGAAAGAGCAGAUUGGAGAACUGCCUUGAAGCUACCUAUUGGCAUGGUCCCUGCAGGAAGUGGAAAUGGCAUGAUAAAAUCAUUGCUGGACCCGGUUGGGCUGUCUUGUAGUGCAACAAGUGCCACUGUUACCAUUAUACGAGGUCAUAGACGUUCUUUAGAUGUGGCAACUAUCUCACAAGGGACUACCAAAUUCUUCAGCGUCUUGAUGCUUGCUUGGGGAUUAGUGGCUGAUAUAGACAUCGAGUCAGAAAAGUUCAGAUGGAUGGGAAGUGCUCGGUUUGAUGUCUAUGGUCUUCAGAGGAUAAUAUGCUUGAGACAGUACAAUGGACGAAUUCUAUUUGUGCCGGCUCCUGGGUUUGAAAGCUAUGGGAAACCAGCCAGUUACCAUGUAGACACGGAGUCAUCUGUUAGUGAUAAGACACAAGGAUACCAAGGACCUGAUACUAAUCUUGAAGACAUGGAAUGGAGAGAAAUCAAAGGCCCAUUUGUUUCAGUAUGGCUUCAUAAUGUUCCCUGGGGUGCUGAGAACACUUUGGCUGCUCCCAACGCAAAGUUUUCUGAUGGCUUCCUGGAUUUGAUUGUGAUGAAAGACUGCCCCAAGCUUGCAUUGUUAUCACUUAUGACAAAGUUGAGUGAUGGGACACAUGUUCACUCACCAUAUGCAUCGUACCUAAAGGUGAAGGCAUUCGUACUGGAGCCGGGUGCACGGAUAGACGAAGAAGACAAGGAAGGAAUCAUAGAUUCAGACGGAGAGGUGUUGGCAAGGGGAAGAAAAUCAUAUAAAUGUGAGGAAAAGGCAUUGAUGUCUUAUGACAAGCUUCAAAUAACAGUUGAUCAAGGUUUAGCAACUCUCUUUUCUCCUGAAUAGUUUCUGAUUGACAAAAUGUCUUAUUACAUGAGAUGAGAUGAAGACACAUGUUGUUCCGCUGUGAUGAUAAUUUGAUUGUUGGGAGUCGGGACAUGUACAGUAGAGUACAUCAAGUAAGAAGCAAAAAAGAUGAUGUUUUCUUAAUGAGCUUUGUACCAUUGAGGUGUAAGAUUGUGUGUUUUGGACAAUAUGUUGAAAGGUAUCAGGCAAAUAUCAACUCAUGACUUUGUAGACUAACAAUACUAUUAAAACAUGAUCAUUUUUUUAAAUGAAUGAUUUAUGUUUUCCUAAAUU